AUGGCACGAACAACACCAGCAGACCAUACUGCUCGCCGACGAGCACAGGUCGGCGGGAAACGUAUGACUGUUGCUGCAAAAAAGAGAGUGGUACAGAAAGGACGCGUCAUGAAAAUGGAAGCCCCAGCUGCUGAGGCUAUUUCAACAUCUUCGUUAAGCUUAAGUUCGCCUUCUCUUAUUAGAGCAGGAGACCCUGUUCCAAUCAAGAAGCGACGGUAUAAGCCUGGAACCAUUGCUUUGCGCGAAAUCAAACAUUACCAGAAAUCUACGGACCUGCUCAUCCGAAAACUUCCCUUUGCACGUCUGGUACGCGAGAUUGUGGUUGAUUAUUUGGGCGUGGAUAUGCGAUGGCAGUCAGUGGCCAUUGCCGCGUUACAGGAAGCAGCCGAAGCGUUUCUUGUGCAUUUGUUUGAAGACACCAAUUUAUGUGCAAUUCAUGCGAAGCGGGUUACUAUUAUGCAGAAAGAUAUGCAAUUGGCGCGACGGAUUCGUGGUGCCUGGGGUGGAGGCUACUAA